AUGAUGACCCUAGUGCCAUCAACCAACAAUAAUCGUAAUACAAAUAAAGAAAAAAUUCGAGAUGAAUAUCGUAGUAUAAAAACAUUCGUUAUCAAAAACGAACAAGACAAUCAAUCUGAUACAAGUAAUUUAACACAAAUAUUGGUUCGAACAGAUCAUAAUGAAAGAACAGACAAUGCAUUAAAUAUGUUUCAUACAAAUACUAAUUCAACAUUAUCAUUUAAUCAAUUAAAUACGGAAAAUUUACAUCAACAAAUACACGAUGAGACUACAUUUGAACAAGUUUAUCAAUUUGAACAGUGUCGUGAUGGAAUAUCAAUGACUUCAACUCGUCAAAAACAAACUGAAGGUAUGCCAAUGAUAUCAAUAGCUACUUCAUUUAAUAAUCGUAAUCGUCAAGUUAUUCAUGAUAAUUUUGAUAUUCAGUUACCAUUAAUUGAAACACAUCAAUCACGACCAAUAACAAAAAAUUCCAUAUCAAAAAGAACAACAGAACCACUUGGUGUUUUACCUCUAAAACGUCAACGAAAUCCUAGUAAUCCUUCAAUAUCAUUAAUAUCAGAAGAUGCUAAACAAAAUCUUCUCUAUUUUUCGGAAUGUGAUACUAAUUCUAAAAAUGCUCAAAUAAUAUUUGAACCAUCGAUUUCGAAAACAAACGAUUCAUCGAUUCGCAUAAGAACGUAUAACAAUGAACAAUCUAGUACAUCUGUUUAUCGUCGUGAAUUAUCAAAUAAAUCUUCAUCAUCUUCUCAAACUAUAUCUCAUACUCUACCUAUUGAAUCAUCUAAAUUAUCUAGUAAUCGAAUAAAAAAAGGUAUUCUUAGUCGUCCAUUACCUACACCAGAAUCUAUGUCUGACGAUAAAAAUAUAUAUCGUUUAAUAAUACAAGAUGGUGUAACAAAAGAUCAAACAGAAAUAUUUUUACAAUUUCGACAAUUUUACUGUUUUAUAUGGGGUAAUAUUGUGAAAAUAUUUCGUAUGUUAGAAAAACUUAUGUUUAAUUAUUUUGUACCAAUUGCAUUGAUUAAUGGAGAAAAAGUUGCUGAACUUGCACAAUUUAUUGAAAUUGAACGUAAACCAACAUUAGAAGAACUUCUCAGUACAAUUAUUAAUCGUGAUGAAGUUGAAAAGUUAAUCAAAGAAACGGGUCGUCGUUUUCGUGGUAAAAAUGGAAAAGAACGAGCAGCUAUUAUUAUUCAAUCUUGUUGGCGUGGUUUUCAUGCUCGAUAUGUUUAUAAAUAUUUAAAAAAACAACGAUGGGCUGCAUAUGUAAUUGCAUCUGCCUGGUUAAAAUAUUCUAAAUUAUCUAAAAUUCGACAAAAAUUAAAAUCAGUUCAUCAUCGUCAAUUAGAAUUUUUUAAAAACUCACAAAAUGAAUUACGACAAAAAUGGUCACAUAUAUCAUCUCAUCGUCAUACAGUUGUACAUAUACCAUCAUUAGGUUUAACAGAAUCUAUACGAAAAACAUUAACUAAUUUACCUUUGAAAGAAAAUUAUCAAAUAGGACGUUUAUGUGAAUUAGUAGAUCCCAAUAUUGAUGUUAUUUAUGUAUCACCAAUGCCUGUUAAUGAUGAAAUUUUACAAUAUUAUAAUCGAUUGGUAAGUUUACGAGCUUUGGUUGAACAAGGAAGUGAACAACUGACAUUUUCAACAUCUAAUAAUGCAAAUGAACGAUUUGUAAUUAUUGUACCAGAAGCAUUACAGAAAUUUCCUGGACAUAACAUGUGUUUAGCUACGAUAUUAAAAUACAGUCCAAAAGCUUUAAAACAAAUCAAAACUAUGAUAAAAGAUCGUUCAGCUUAUCUUGUAACAGGUAUUUCACAUAUUGAUGAUCUUUAUAUAUCAGAAUAUCUUGAUAUUCCUAUAUAUGGUUGUGAACCUGAAUCAUCAUAUUUAUAUUCAACAAAAUCAGGUUCAAAAAGAAUAUUUAAAUCAAGUAAUGUUCCAAUGCCAUUUGGUGAAUAUGAUAUAUAUAAUCAAAAACGUCUACUCGAAUCAUUAGCUCAUUUAAUUCUUGAACAUCUUGAUGUUCAACGAUGGAUAUUUAAAAUUGAUGAUCAUUUUGAUGGACAAGGUAUUGCUUAUUGUGAUAUUGCUAUUUAUCUUCCAUGUUAUAAAGAUAUGUUAAAAGAAGCUGAAAAAUUUGCUGAUAAAUGGUCAAAUUCAUCUGUACAGAAAGCUUCUUAUACAAAGAUUCUAUCUGAAUUAUCUGAUGUUCUUGAUAAACAUACUGUUUAUGUAAAUAAAACUCAAUUUAAUUCUUGGCAAACAUAUUUAAAAGCCUUUUUAUCUGAAGGUGGUAUUAUCGAAGCCUAUCCACCAUCAAACUCUAUAACAUCAAUAACAAUAUGUCUUUCUAUUGAACCUAAUGGUCAUUAUUCAUUGAUUUAUUCCGGUGAUCAACUUCAUGCUGAAUCUCUAUUUUCUUGUUGGGGUUUAUCAUUUCCACAAUCAAGUGUCGAUUCAAAUGAAUUAAAUAAUUAUUGUUCAUUAAUAGCUGAACAAUGUAAACAAAGAAAUAUAUAUGGUUAUAUUGAUAUUGAUUUUGUAGCAUUUAUUGAUAAAAAAACUAAUCAACAAAAAUUAUGGGUCACUGAUUUAUGCAUUGGAUAUUCUGAACAUAUAUCACUUUAUCGUGUUAUGCAAUAUACUACAACUGGACAAUUUAAUCCAUUAACACAUUCAUUUUGUGUAAAAAUGAAACAACUUAAACAACGAUUAAGAAAUUGGCAAAAUGGUGCACCAGAAUAUACAAUUACAGAAAAAAAUCGUUAUGCUAUUUGGAGUUCAAAAUUAUAUCAUAGAAAUUUAUCUAAUAUUCAUUAUAGUAUAUUUUUUCAAAUGUGUCGUUCACAUGGUGUUGGUUUUGAUAUUCGAGAAAAACAAGGAAGUAUAUUUACAUUAUUUGAAUGUGAUCAUCAUGAACAUAUUGGUAUGAUUACAAUUAGUGAUACAUUACAAAAUACAUUAUCAAAUUUUGCUUGUUAUUUAAAUACGAUUUAUCAAGAAAUUACACCAGUUGAUAUGCAAGAACAAAGUAAUUUUAUGUUGGCUGUAAAUGAUAUUGAAAAUAUACUUGGGAUAACACAAGAAAAUCUUUCAAAUAUAUCAUUGAAUGAUACUACAUCUUGA